CCCCGGAUGAUGGCGGUACCAGCUUUCUGCUAGAAGGCAACAUCCUGCCUCGCAGAAGCUGGCGGGCACCGUGCCCGCCACGGUCGGUCUCCCGGGCACUGGGCCACCGCCCCACCCCCUGUCCUCGGACAUGGAGCCAGAGCCAGCGGCUCAGAAGCAGCCCCGGCCGCGGAGGAGAAGCCGCAGGGCCUCAGUGCUCUGCGAGGACCGAGCCGCAGGGCCUCCGACCGACACACCCGGGCCGGCGGCGGACGGGAGAUGCUCCCUUCGGAGAGGCAGCUCCUUCACGUUUUUAACACCUGGCCCUCACUGGGACUUCACUUUGAAAAGAAAGCGAAGAGAGAAAGAUGAUGAUGUUGUAAGCCUUAGCAGCCUUGAUCUGAAGGAACCAAGCAAUAAAAGAGUUCGGCCUCUAGCUCGGGUCACAUCCUUGGCAAACUUAAUCUCUCCCGUCAGAAAUGGAGCAGUCAGGCGCUUUGGUCAAACCAUACAGUCAUUUACCCUUCGUGGUGACCAUAGAUCCCCAGCCUCUGCCCAGAAGUCAUUCAGCAGGUCUACGGUCCCAACACCCACCAAGAGAAGAAGUAGUGUGCUAUGGUCGGAGAUGCUAGACAUCAGUAUGAAGGAGUCCCUGACCACUCGAGAGAUCAAACGUCAGGAGGCAAUAUAUGAAUUGUCCCGAGGCGAACAGGACUUAAUCGAGGACCUCAAGCUUGCUAGGAAGGCCUACCAUGAUCCCAUGUUAAAGUUGUCUAUCAUGUCAGAAGAGGAACUCACACAUAUAUUUGGUGAUUUGGACGCUUACAUACCUCUGCAUGAAGAUUUGUUGGCAAGAAUAGGAGAAGCAACCAAGCCUGAUGGGACAGUGGAACAGAUCGGUCACAUCCUCGUGAACUGGUUACCAGGCCUGAAUGCCUACAAAGGCUACUGUAGUAACCAGCUGGCAGCCAAGGCUCUUCUGGAUCAGAAGAAACAAGACCCAAGAGUCCAGGACUUCCUCCAGCGCUGUCUGGAGUCUCCCUUCAGUCGAAAACUAGACCUUUGGAGUUUCCUGGAUAUCCCUCGAAGUCGCCUUGUCAAAUACCCUUUACUGUUAAAAGAAAUCCUUAGACACACGGCAAAAGACCACCCAGAUGUUCAGCUGCUGGAGGAAGCAGUAUUGAUAAUACAAGGAGUUCUUUCUGACAUCAACUUGAAGAAAGGUGAAUCCGAGUGUCAGUAUUACAUCGACAAGCUGGAAUACCUGGACGAGAAGCAGAAGGACCCCAGGAUCGAAGCGAGCAAAGUGCUGCUGUGCCAUGGGGAGCUGAAGAAUAAAAGUGGCCAUAAACUGUACAUUUUCCUGUUUCAAGACAUCUUGGUUUUGACUCGGCCCGUCACACGAAAUGAGCGUCACUCUUACCAGGUUUACCGGCAGCCAAUCCCUGUGCAGGAGCUGGUGCUGGAAGACCUGCAGGAUGGAGAUGUGCGCAUGGGUGGUUCCUUCCGAGGGGCUUUUGGCAACUCAGACAAAGCUAAAAAUAUCUUUAGAGUCCGCUUCCAAGACCCCUGUCCAGGCCAGUCCCACACACUACAGGCCAAUGACGUGUUCCAUAAGCAGCAAUGGUUCAACUGUAUUCGCUCUGCCAUGGCCCCUUUCCAGCGGGCUGCCAGCCCCCUAGAGCUGCAGGGCUUGCCAGAGCUGCAUGAAGAGUGUGAGGAGAACAACCCCCCAGCUGGGAAUCUCCAAGCCCAGCGAAGGUCGUCCAUGGUUCCGGGGCUCAUGCAGGUAGACAGUGAAAGUGCGCUGGAAUGUGGCUCCAGCGUGCAGACAGAAGACACCAAGAGCGGGAAGGCACACCGAGCACAGCCUGGCUUGCGGAGAGCAAGGGACAAAGCCCAGUCAGGUGGCAACAGGAAAGAGACUCUGGUGUAAAUGUGUGUUCUCUGGCGGAAGGCUGUUUAUUUAUAAAUUUGUACAGUUUUUUCUUGUAAUGGGAGCAUCCUAGGGUUACUCUGUACCAGCUGUAAUGUGUUCAUGGUUUGGGAUUCUCUCUCUCUCUUACUCUCUCCCCCUCCCUCCCCCUUGUUAUUGUCAUUGUCGUUGUUGUUAAUGGCAGCUAAAGAUAUACAGAUUACUGUUAAAUUGCAGACUUUAAAGAGGUAUUUUCAUGGAUUAUUUGGAACAUACCAACCUGGUAUUUUUUAUCAGAAGAAAUAUAUAUGAAACCAGUGUUGUCCUGACUCUGGGUUCACCUUGACUUCCCAAUUGCAACCAAAUGUGAUAUUUACAGUGUUUGCCAAACUUAGUUUUGUAAAUGCUGAAAUUCUAUCAGUGUUCCUUGUUAAACCUCAAAUGAUGAAUGAAACUUUAAUAAUGACACCUACAAUCUACAUAGAAGAUUUUUGAGUUUGAAAUAUUUCCACAUUUACAGUGAAGCACUGCUUCCUUGGAAAGCAGUCACCAAGCUUGGUGUGUUUUCCGUUUUGUCAACUGGAAUGCCUUGUGUCAGGUUCUCACCUCACAUUCCUCAGUUCUCAUUCAUUUAUUCUGCCAACUAUUUAAUUUUUUUAUUGUAAAGUAGUUUUUAGUAUUUGCUUUUAUUUUUUUACGUUGAUGCCUUUUUAAAAAUUGGCAUGUCCUUAAAGUUUUUCUUUCUGAUUAAAGUAAGUGUGUGUGUGUGUGUGUGUGUGUGUGUGUGUGUGUGUGUGAUCGUAUUAAUUUUACUAAGUGAAACCAAGCCAUAAUGUUGAGCCAAUUAAGAAAACUGCAGUUUUUACAAUGUAUCAUGUCAGGGUAGUAAAGACCCAUGGGAUGACUUAGUGUACUCUAGACUACUGAGAGGAACCACAAGAAGGACUUUGGUGAAAGUUUUCGUGUUGUGUGGAAAGCAGGAGAAGGCAGGAGACUGGAAUAGUGAAGAGAAGGGAAGGGAAAGAGGAGUCGUCUAAAGUAAAUGUCUGGCUGGGCCAGAGGAGCAGAGGGUGACAGGAAAAGUCUGACCUGAGGGUGUGUAGGAAGUUGUAGAAGGCCAGAGGGGGUGCGAACUGUAUUUGCUUUGGUUUCUCAUACCUGCAAAUACUGAAUUUGAAAAGAAACCGUAAAAUGUGUUGGAAAUUUGACUAUGUUAGGUUAAUUCUGGUUGGAUUUCUUCGUUUCAAAAAGAAGGUGGUGAUUCUUCACUGCAAAAUGUUUGUAUUAGAAAUGUGGUCAUGCUUUUGAGGGAGGAGGACUGAGGUCCCAUGUAAGCCCAGAUUUAAACUGGCGAUCAGUUCAAGUCAUUGUUAACCAUUCUGUGAAAUAUAUCUCCAGUGAAAAUGAAAAUUGGAAAAGGCUGUAAAUAGAACAAUCAAAUGAUUUCUUUGUAUAAAUGAAUUAUACAAUUAAAAAAAGCACACACAUAAUAACCCAAAA